AUGGCGGCAGUCAAUGGACAAUCGGCCGAUCCUCCUCGAGCUCCCAAGGACAAGUUUCUUGGUGGCACCAUUGCUCAGGGCCUGCCUCCAGAGAACAAGAGGUUGAAGUGCGGGAACUUGGAUAAGUACGCUACAUCCUCUGCGAAAUGGCAGCCGAGACAGGUGAUCGUAACGAAGAAGCUGCUGAUGAUCUGCAAAAUGGACUCGGAGAUCGUCAGCGAGACUAUCCCCCUCCACGAGGUCGAGUCGGUCGAGGCUGUGCGGACAGCUCGAGGCGGCAAAGAAGGAAGGAUGACUACAGCCAAAGAAUAUCUGCAGCACGACAACGACGACACAUGCGGAAACACAGCGUACUCUUUCGAGGUCACGACAUCGCAGGAUGGGUACAAUGCAGGAAGAAGCUACUCGUUCAGAACGUUCGUGUCAGCAGACGAGCGAGACACUUGGGUAGAGUUCCUAAGGACCGUCGUCCGAGCUGCCAUCGAGCUGGAAAGGAGAACUAAUCCCAGCAUCUCGAUGUAUGCCAGGAUACAAUGGAGCGUGAAAACUUUCUUUGAGAGCAGCACGGUGAACGUUCUCAUCUCCACAAUCAUCCUGUCCAACUUUGUGAUCAAUAUGCUCCAAGCGGAGAUUCAGCCGAAAUCAGGCUCAGCUACAGAGAGGACUUUCAAGUAUCUGGACAUCUUCUUUACUCUCGUCUACACCACUGAGCUAAUCUUCCUGCUGAUUGCGUAUGGAAAAAAGUUCUGGAGAGACGGCUGGAAGAUUUUCGACUUCGUGAUCGUCGUCGUCAGCAUCGUCGGCCUCGGCAUAUCGGAGACGAACAAGCUUCAAGUUCUCAGGCUGAUUCGCGUGUUUCGAGCGGUCAAGUCGCUUCAGUUUCUCUCAUCCUUCAGGCAGAUCAUAGACGCGCUUGCAUUGGCCGUGUUCCCGCUAUUGAGCGCGUUUGUGAUACUUAUGCUCAUUACCUGCAUUUACGCGGUACUUGCCGUCAACAUCUUCAAGGACUCCGACCAGGAGCUGUUCGGCGACUUCAAGCGUUCGCUCUUCACCAUGUUCACGGUGAGCACCGGGGAUGGUUGGGUGGAGAUGUCGAGGAGCUUGUUUCCAGAGAGCGGCUUCGGCUCGCAGUCUGUUCUGUUCUUCUCGUCCUACAUGGUCAUCGGAGGAAUGAUCGUCGUGAAUGUCUUCGUGGCGGUGCUGCUGAAUGCGUUCGUCACAUCGGUAGCAAGAGAGAAGGAGAGGAAGAGGAUGCAAGAGAUGAAGACCCUCAGCUCACUGGAGUCUCACCAUGCCAGUCCUCUCGACCCGCUGCUGGCCACCCUGAUCCACUACAACACGAGCGAGGACCUGAGCGAAAGGAUCGCAAAACUUUUCUCCUUCCUGGACAAGGACGACAACCACAGCCUGUCCUACAAAGAGAUCAAUCGAGGCAUGCGAACGCUCCACAGCACCAAGGAGAUUCACUUCUCGUACGAAGACUUCGAGGAGGUCACGAACCACCUCGAGUAUUGCGAUCAGGAGCAGGAGGUUGACCCGGAAAACUUCGAGAAGAUCAUCCGCGAGCAGCUCAAGAAGUACGUGCAGAGAAAGAUGGCAACGUCGCUCGUCUACAAUGAGGAAGACUCUAGCGUUGGAUCGAUCCUCUUUGUCCUCAAGCAGCUCACACUCAACAUCGACGAGAUUGCCUCCAGACAGAUCAAGAUAGAGGAUGAACAGUUGAAGAUGCAGAGCCUGCUCCUUCACCUCAACGAUCAGAUGAGUGGAUACAACGCCAUGAAGAAAGUCGACAACCUGCAGAAGAAAGUCUCCGAUUGUGAUCGCAAGCUCGACGCGCUCAUCAGGCUCAACAUGGCUUCGCCAAACAGCCCCACUCCAGACAAGUCUGACAGCUCAUGGAAGGGUCUCGCAAUCGACAACUGGAUCGGCCUGGUGCCGGGACACAAGACGAGGGAGGAGCGGAUAAAGUCAGUUCCUAUCACGACCUCCCUCCCGAUACAAAGAGAAGACACGGAAGGAAGAGAGAAGAGCAAGUCGAAAAGGAGAAGCUCUGCCUUCCAGCUCUAUGACGCCUACUCGUCGCUGCCCUCGUCACGUUCGAGCUCAGUUCAUGCCCUCUCCUUGUCAAAGCCCCUGGACAGGGAUAGUCAGAGCACCCUCGCUGUGGACCCGAUCAAGAGAUCGGAAAGUAUCACCUUGGACCUCGAGUCGUCUGGACUCACCAUGGUCAAGAUCCCUCUUCCUAGUCACCAUGCCUUCGAAGAUGCCUCCGAAGACUUGCCAGCGAGCCCCGAGCUGUGCAGUGGGUGCGAGCAGUGCCGGAAGGGGAUAGCGCGGACGGGGGUGAUGCUCUUCGACGCCAAGUACAUGUAUGUCGUCGUCGCUACCCCCUUCAAUGAGAGUUCAGUCCCGCUCGCCUCCGAAAUCCUCCCGUCAUCGAAGGCUAGAGCCUCGGCAGGGCCACAUGGAUGGGACUGGGCACGCAACAUGGCGACGCAGGUGCUGCUAGGGAUGGGGCUACAGGAUGCGCUUCCCCUUCCUCUCCCGCGGGCUAAGAGCGUGCAGGUGCCCGCAGGAGACAAGAAGCAUAUCAUCCAGCUGUUCUGCGUGAAGAUGCUUCAGAAGAACCUCUCUCGACUUGUCUCCCAUCAGGCACAGCUCACCGACGGGAGGCUGGAACUCGCUGACACGAAUCGCUCGAGCAAGUCGCUUCCACAUCUCGUUAAGGUGGACGGGAGUACAAUCAAGCUAAUGGAAAAGUUGAUGAGGAAGGAAAUUGGCUCUACUGAUGUCAGCUAG